AUGUGGAGGAUGACUUUUGGUUUUGCACUGGAUAGCAGACUACCUGCUGUCUUCGAUCAAGAUGGUAAACCAUAUCCCAUGUCGCAUACCACAGUAAUUAACGGAUCUCAGGUCCAAAACAGAGAGGUUGGAUGGAUUACCAUAGAGCGCAAGACUGGUAAACACAUGCGGGAACAGCAGCCGCUAUGGAAGAAGCUCAAGCUGCUUCUCUUGUUCAACCCGUUGACAGAGUGGCUUGAUACCACCCAUCUGAUGCGGUUAUACCUGCACCAUGCAGCCAUUGAGGAAGGCAAAGAAGAAGCCAGCCCUGCAUCUCGGAAUCGCAUCAAGGCCUUUGUUGACUUCUACCGCAUCAAUAUGAACGAUUUCACCCCUUCCGACAUAACAGCCUACGCGACAUUCGAAGACUUCUUCGUACGUGCCCACAAGCCUGGCUCGCGCCCCAUCUACCGUAAAGACGACCCCACAGCUGCAGUGAUAGUUGCCGACUCGCGAGUCGUCGCUUACGAAGCCGUAGCCGAGAGCAAGAAAAUCUGGAUCAAAGGGAAUGAUUUUUCUAUUACAAAUCUGGUAAUGGAUAAGCAAUUGGGGCCGAAGUUCGCGGACGGCCCGGUUGCGAGUUUUCGGUUGUCGCCGCAGGAUUAUCAUCGGUAUCAUAGUCCGGUUUCGGGGACUAUUAAGCAGUUUCGAAGCAUGCCGGGAGACUAUUACGAGGUGGAUCCGAUAGCGUUGCAGAGUCAGGUGGACAUCUUGACGAGGAAUGCGAGAGAUUAUGUGGUUAUCGAGACGAAGGAGUUUGGGGAUGUGCUUUUUGUGGCUAUUGGGGCUUCGCAGGUGGGAACUGUGAGGAUUCAUCCGCAGUAUCAGCAACCGGGGAAUCAGAUACAAAAGGGUGAUGAGCUUGGGAUCUUCCAGUUUGGAGGGUCGUCCAUCAUUGUCGCAUUCCAGAAGGGUCGUAUACAGUUCGAUGAGGACAUACUGAAAGCAAGUAAGAACGCCAUUGCUGUCGAUGUUGAAGUGGGGAUGAGUCUAGGUCGGGCUGUGGGUGAAAAGGUAGUGGAUGCCAUGCUGGAGACAAGUCAGUGCUGGUGUUAG